AUAGCUUGGUUGGAUGACCUGUGGUUGCUCUAUGUUAUUUUUUUGCCUACAAUGUUCACUGGCUUUGAGAGUGAAUUAGGACGUGACUCCAGUAAAGAUUUGGGCGGACCACCGGACGGAGCGGCGCGUGCUCAUCAUCGGCUCAGCGGAGCUGUCAUGCUGCCUAAAGUCGAGUCAGAAUCUCUCGGACUCGCUCGGUCGCAUGGAGAACAGGGGCAUAUGCCUGGAAACAUGCAAGCCCCACAGUUUAAAAUGAUGGACUACUCCUACGAUGAAGACUUGGACGAAAUGUGUCCAGUAUGUGGAGACAAGGUGUCUGGAUAUCACUAUGGCUUACUGACCUGUGAGAGCUGUAAGGGCUUCUUCAAGAGGACGGUGCAGAACAACAAACGUUACACAUGUAUAGAGAAUCAGAGCUGUCAGAUAGACAAGACCCAGCGGAAACGCUGCCCCUACUGCCGGUUUCAAAAGUGCCUCACUGUCGGCAUGAAACUGGAGGCUGUAAGGGCUGACCGAAUGAGGGGCGGACGCAACAAGUUCGGCCCCAUGUACAAACGAGACCGGGCCCUCAAGCAACAGAAGAAAGCCUUGAUCCGGGCCAACGGACUCAAGCUAGAAGCCAUGACGCAAGCCAUGCAAACAGUCCCAGCUGACCUCACCAUUACCUCUGCCAUUCAGAACAUCCAUUCGGCCUCCAAGGGCCUUCCACUGAGCCACCAUCAUCACCACCCCCAUCACCACCACCACCACCACCACCACAGUUCCUCCAGCGCAGGCCUCCCGCCCGCAGACUUUGACCGUAGCCCCUUCGUCACGUCGCCGGUCAGCAUGGCCAUGCCCCCUCACGGCGGAGGCCUGCAGGGCUACCAGGCGUACGGCCAUUUCCAAAGCCGCACCAUAAAAUCAGAGUACCCCGACCCUUACACAAGCUCGCCGGAGUCCCUCAUGGGCUACCCGUACGUCGAGGCCUACACGGGUGGAUCGCCGCCGGCCUUCCCCCACCUAGUGGUGGAGCUACUGAAAUACGAGCCGGACGAACCUCAGGUGCAAGCUAAGAUUCUAGCGUACCUCCAGCAAGAACAGGCGAGCCGAGGCAAGCACGAGAAACUCAACACCUUUGGCCUCAUGUGCAAGAUGGCUGACCAGACGCUGUUCUCCAUUGUAGAAUGGGCCAGGAGUAGCAUCUUCUUCCGGGAACUGAAGGUUGACGACCAAAUGAAGCUCCUCCAAAACUGCUGGAGCGAACUUCUCAUUCUAGACCACGUUUUCCGGCAGGUGAUGCACGCCAAAGACGGCUCCAUCCUCCUCGUCACGGGGCAACAGGUGGAUUACGCCCUAAUUGCCUCCCAAGCCGGGGCCACACUCAACAACCUCCUGAGUCAUGCGCAGGAGCUGGUGAGCAAACUACGUUCCCUCCAGCUGGACCAGAGGGAAUUCGUCUGCCUCAAGUUCCUGGUGCUGUUCAGCUUGGAUGUGAAGAACCUUGAGAACUUCCACCUGGUAGAGAGCGUACAGGAACAGGUCAACGCUGCACUGCUGGACUACGUCAUGUGCAACUACCCCCAGCAGACGGACAAGUUCGGCCAGUUGCUGCUACGGUUGCCGGAGAUCCGAGCUGUCAGCCUGCAGGCGGAGGAAUAUCUGUACUACAAGCACCUGAACGGUGACGUGCCCUGUAACAAUCUACUUAUAGAGAUGCUGCACGCCAAACGUGCCUGAGGACCGCCCGCUACUCUUUACUGUCAACGCAUCGCACACACUGCUCCCAGCAUCAUCUCAAGUCCAGCGUCAUCACCAGACAUAGCCUUCGAACAAUGAAACGUGCAUACGUGAGAUUCGCACUGACUGGGUUUGCGGUCUGGUUGUACUGGCACGAUUUUAAAGGGAGGGGAUGGUAAAGAGUAAAAGCGAGGGCGGAUGCAUUUCUAAAUAAGAAAUGAAACGGACAAACGAAGUGUUAUAAUGACCUCUAGGCCGCGGAUUUAUUACAGUGUUGUCGGAUUCAUGAGCGUCAGUCGUUAUUUGUUCUGUGUGCAGCUGACCUUGCCAUUGAAAGGUCCAAUUUAAACUCAGACUUAAGCUGGAGGGUUUAAGAUUACAGGGAAAGGAAUGGGCUCUCUUUCAAGACGUAGACUGGUUUGCCAGCGUUGACCCACUGUUUCCAUUGAGGCCUGGACAUGCGCCCCCCCCUCCCUCCUGUCUGUUUAAAGACACACAAGCUGGGCCCGAGCCAGAAUCUGAGGUAGAACAGACAGCCAUCGCCUGCAUCUGCACCAUCCAAAGACUUUAUUCCAAACCCCUCACCAAAAAGUUCAUGUAUUUCUCGUUUAACAUUGACACUCAAGAAUAUCUAAAAUAAAUAAAUAAGUGGGUGAAUCUCACAGACCUGUCAAGGUCAUGUUCUGUCAUUAGAAUGAACUAAAUUACAUUUUGCUUUAAACCCUAUUUUUUAUUUUUGGGCAUUAUGACAGUGUUUUUACAUUUUAGGUUCAAUAAGGCAUAUACACACAUUACAAUGCAAAAUAUACAAAUGUUAAAAAUAUACUGUAUAUAUAUAAUUCAUUUUCAUGAUGCACUAGGAAGUGCUCUUUAAUGUUUGCAGAUUAAAAGAAAAAAAAAAACACAAAACCCUUAAGCAAAAUGUUUAACAUUUGGAUAGAAAUUGAAUUAUCAUAACAAUAAUGCAACAAUUUAAUAAAAAAAGCUCUUCAUAAAUUUGAUUUUUUAAAAGUUAUUUUUAAAUACAACCUGGACCUACACAGGUCUGUAUGAGAUUCACCUGAAAGGAUGUCUCGAUCUAAUCUAAAAGUGUAGAUUUUUUGUUUUUCAAAUGAUGACAAAACUGCAUCAAAAGUGAAGUGGAACUAAGCACAGAGUCAGAGCCACAAUGAAGAAAUCCCGUCAACACAAGACCAAAACCUGCCGAGAACAAAGGAAUAAAAAAAGAGACAACCACCCUUAACUAUCAGUAUUAAUAAUUUUUGAUGUCACAGUCAUGUGAGUCUUGCCUUAUUUCAUUUCCAUGCUAGCUAACCGUGCCGAUGUGAAUUUCGAUAUGUAAAAUAAAAAGUCCAUAUCUAUAUAUAAAGUAUUAAUGUUAUACAAUUGAAAAGAAAUAAGGUGUUUACAUUCAUGUGGUCGUGUGGGAGAUAACUGUAAUGCGUUCAGUUGCAAAGCAAUGAUUUCAUAUGAAAACGAAAGGAAACAAAAGAUGUUCACAAAAGAUGACAUUUCCUCUCAUUUGCUUUCUUCGGUGUGAGUACUUAAUUAUGUCGUGAGACACUAAAUCGGAGACGAAUCUCACUUAAUACUGAGUUUUGAGGAUUUUUUUUACUUUUUUUAAAUUGUGCUGGCUUAUUUCUGUGGACUUCUCUUUUUGUAGAACCUGUUUUUACGUUCUACGUUUUAAAUGUACGUCACUGGUUAAGCUUAAUUUAUUGUGUUGGUUUCAUCCAUGUGUUCACACACAGAGGGGUGUGAUCCCGACAAAAUGUAUUUGUUUACUGUAGCACGUUUUUAAACAUGUAGAUACAGUGAUUCACAUUAAACAACCACCAGUCCUGCCACUGUAAAAUAUGAAGCGCUGUAUUUAAGUGAUCUGGUGUGACUGACCGCUGCAUCUUUUCUAUCGUCAGAUUUCAAUGAAUGUGUUCAUCAUGGCAGUCUGUGUUCUAUACCAAAGACAGCGUCUGUCCCUUGACUGCACUCACCUGUUUGCAUCACAAUGAAUUGAUGAGAGAAUUGAUACUCUGGGACUGUCUUUGUUUUUCCUGAAUGCUUCAUUUGACUGUGUUGCAUUUGACUGGUGUUAAAGUCAACAUGAAAUCAAAACUGACCCUAUUUACUUUCUUCAUUCACGUUCCUGGUCUUGGUGUGCAUGUUCUUUCAUAUGAUCUGACUCUUUUGCUGACAUCACCUAGGGCAGAAAAUAAGCAUAUCAAUGGUUUAUACAGCAUUUUAAUGUCAGUUAAUGUUAACACAAGGAUUACAGCAAAUAUAUUCAUGGCAAAUUACAUUGGAUUUGAAAAAAGUCUUACCACAAGUUAUGUCGAGAUGCUUUUGAGUGUGAACUUCACGUAACCUUCAGAGUCUUCUCAAAACCUUCAAGCUUCACAAAAUCCCACUUCAAACUCACAUUCAUAUAGUUUGGCCACUGUUCACAAUUUAAACUCCCGAUGGACGAAAUCAAGUCCAGCACAAAAUUGUUAUAUCAUUGAACAUCUUGUUUCAUUUGUAAAUGUCACAUUACAGAAGUAAAAUAGGUUGUGAAUGCUGUUUCAUGUUGACUUUAAAGAUUUCAAAUUGUAAAAAUGUUGUAAAAAACAUCCGCGCACCGUAAAAACAGUGUUGAGGUACCUGCUGCAGUUUACCUGUUCGUUUAAAUGACUUCACAGUGGAAAUGAUCAACAUGGUGACUUGACAUCCCAUAAUAUGAGUUUAUUUAUACUACCAAAAUGUUUGACAACAACUCCUCAAGGAAGUCAUCUAAAUUAAAAUCGCCAUACGUCUUUCUAACCUCCCAGGUGGCAUCAGUUUACGUAAAGGAUUCUUUUACAGAAACGUGAUGUAAAAAUGUGAUGUCCAACGCUGAGCAAUGGAUGCAUGUCAUCUAACUGAAGGGUUCUUAACCUCCCAUUUGUACAUAAAGCCACAAACGUCUUUAUCUGCUCUAGGAAAACUGAUUUGUAAUUUUGUCUGUCCUUGCUUCAUUUUGUGGCUGUAAUGUGUGAUCAGACUGACAAUCUUAAGAAAUCCAGUGCCCCUCAUUCCCUUACUGUGCCAUUUUCCCCACUACAAACGAUUGGAUGUCUGCUUACCUGCUUCAUUGUUUGGAUUCUCUUAUUUUGUGCUCUGGAAGCCACACUCAGACUCAAUCUCUGAUGUCACCUCUUGCCAUAAAGAGUUUUCAUACGAGCUCUUGGA